AUGUCUGUCGAUCUGCAGUCGGUGGCGAACCUCCUCGCGGCCAGCUUGGACCCCAGACAGAACAAGCAGGCUGAACAGUCGUUGAAGAGCGCAGAGGCCAAGCCCGGAUUCUCGCUCGCUCUCCUCCAGAUCGUCGCCGCAGAGUCUUUCCCCAUCAACACUCGACUCGCAAGCGCAUUAUUCUUCAAGAACUUCGUGCGGCGGAACUGGACGAACGAGGAUGGCGAGCACCAACUCCCCGCGAACGAGGUCUCCACCAUCAAGAGCGAGCUGAUCGGCUUGAUGGUCAAGGUCCCUUCAGCCCUGCAGGCGCAACUCGGUGAUGCUAUCAGCGUCAUUGCAGACAGCGACUUCUGGGAGAGGUGGGACACUUUGGUCGACGAUCUUGUUUCACGACUGACCCCGGACAACGCAAACGUCAACAAUGGUGUAUUGCAAGUGGCACAUUCGAUCUUCAAGAGAUGGGAGCCUUUAUAUCGAUCCGAUGAGCUGUACACCGAGAUCAACCACGUACUGUCGAAGUUUGCAGGACCAUUCCUACAGCUAUGGGAGAACACCGAUCGUCAAAUCACCGAGAACGAGAACAAUCCAGUAGAGCUCCAGGCACACUUCUCGACACUCGAUUUGAUCAUCAAGCUCAUGUACGAUCUUUCAACGCACGACAUGCCACCACAAUUCGAGGACUCACUCGGCGUCAUCUCGACAUUACUCCACAAAUACCUUACGUACGAAAACCCUGCGCUGGAUACCGGCGACGAGGCUGAACCAGGCCCGCGGGAGCAAGUAAGAGCAGACGUCUUCAGGGUGCUGGUCCUCUACACUCGGAAGUACGAUGAGGAGUUCAAGCAGUAUAUCACACAGUUCAUUGGAACAUCAUGGAAUCUGCUCACUACACUGGGCCCAGAAGCCAACAACGAUUUGGUGGUCAGCAGAGCUUUGGAGUUCUUGACCACAAUUGCGGGCAUUCAAGAGCAUGCACAGAACUUCAACAGCCCGGAAGUGCUUGGACAGGUCACAGAAAAAGUUGUGAUACCAAACUUGUCACUAAGAGAAUCAGACAUUGAAACUUUCGAGGAUGAACCGAUCGAGUACAUUCGACGAGAUCUGGAAGGCUCCGACGAUGACACGCGACGACGAGCAGCCACUAACUUCCUACGAAAGCUGAUGGAGGCGUUCGAGAAGCCAGUGACUGAGGUGGUUACUCGCUACGUCGAUCACUUCUUGGGCGAGUACAGGAAAGACCAGAGCGCAAACUGGAAGGCCAAGGAUACUGCCGUGCAUCUCUUCUCUGCCAUCGCUGCAAAGGGAACAGCGACCGCGGCAAAGGGCAUUCUGAGUGUAAAUCCCUACGUCAGCGUGAUUGAUUUCUUCCAGAAGAAUGUUGCAGAGGAUCUGACCAACCCGAACGCCGAAGCAUUGCUCAAGGUCGAUGCGAUCAAGUACUUGUACUUGUUCCGAAGCAUACUCUCGGCAGAUCAAUGGCAAGCGGCCUUUCCGUUGCUUGUGCAGCAUCUCAACUCUUCGAACUACGUUGUCUACACCUAUGCAGCAAUCGCCGUUGACCGAGCCUUGUAUCUCACGGACGAACAGCGACAGCCCAUCAUUCCACGCGAGAGCAUAAUUCCACUAGCAAAGGAUCUACUGCAGCACCUCUUCAAACUGGUUACCAAGGAUGCAAAGCCUGAAAAGGUGCAAGAGAAUGAAUUCCUGAUGAAGUGUGUCAUGCGAGUGCUCAUCGUCAUUCGAGAGGCAAUGGUGGAUAUCGUCGACCUGGUACUCACAAACCUCGUCAACAUCACCAAAGUCAUUCGCCACAAUCCCUCGAAUCCAGGCUUCUGCUACUACCACUUCGAGUCGUUGGGCGCGCUGAUCAGGUUUGCUGGACCCACCCAACCAGAGAAGAUCGAAUCGAGUCUGUUCCCUACCUUUAUGGAAGUGCUCCAAGGCCAGGUCGAAGAGUUCUCGCCUUACAUCUUCCAGCUAUACGCACUCAUGGUGGCCACAAACCCUUCGGGUCAGCUGUCGAGCAACUUUCAGCGACUGGUGCAACCGAUCCUCGUGCCUACAAUGUGGGACAGCAGAGGCAAUGUACCAGCUCUGACCCGCCUGCUAGUCGAGAUCAUCCCUCGCGGCGCUGAGCAGAUAGCCGCCGCAAACCAGACGGAGGCUCUUCUCGUUAUCUUCCAGAAGCUUGUGAGCAGCAAAGCAUACGAGACUCAUGCGAUGGAUCUGAUUGAGGCGAUCGUCCGCAGCUUUUCGGUCACUGCUCUCGAGAACUACUGGCAAUCGAUACUGCAGCUCAUGUUCCACCGGUUAUCGAACUCGAAGACGGAGAACUUCACUAUUCGCUUCGUGCGGUUCUACCACCUAGUAUCAGCACUGGUCGAUAAGGGCCUUGGAGCCGACUUCUUCAUCGCUGUUGCCGACAAAGUCCAGGCCAACGUCUUCACACCCAUUUACACCACCAUCAUCCUUCCAGAUACACAAAAGCUCAGCCGACCUUUUGAUCGCAAGACGGCCUGCAUAUCGCUUACCCGCACCCUUGCAGACAGCCAGGCAUUUGUCGACCGCUAUGCCAAGCGCGGAUGGACGAUCACUUGCGAAGCACUCCUCAAGCUCCUUAUCAACCCGCCAUUGCCACAAGCAGCCGACGAUACGAUCGAGGAUCGCGAUGUUGACGAGCUCGGAUUCGGUGCCGCAUUCACGCAACUCAACGCAUGCAAGCGCCCAGCUUCCGACCCGUGGCCAGAAGUCCAGGAUGUCAAGGCAUGGGUCGGCACAACACUGAAAGAGGCGGACCAGAGACACAAUGGCAGGAUCGGCCAGUUCGUCCAAGGCAAACUUGACGACCAAGGCAGAGCAGCACUACAGAGUGUCAUGCUUAGAUAG